CACGUGGGACUCUUGGAGAUACCAGAUGGCUCUUGACGCUGCGAGCAAUGGUAACUUCAACACCAGGUACCCCAUAGAUGAUGUAACUCUCAUUGAGAACCUUGCCUGUAGCAACAGCACGAAGAAUGCGGACUUCGAGAGGCAGAAGAUUGCUGGCGCAAUUACUGGUACUCAGUUCGCAGAGGUUAAUGCCAAGUUGGAUUCGGUUCACAACCUCCUCACGGGGAAGAAGGCUGUUCACUUUGCAGCAGAGGUUGAGACUAUUGAGCUAGAGGAGGAUUCUGAAGAAGGAGUGUUCUACAUUGAUGGACAAGGUUACAGAAAGUUCGGGCCUCCUCAAAGCAACUUCAAUGGUAAGCAUUUCACAGGGAAUCAGAACAACUCCAGCUUCAACAACAGGUCAGCGUUUCAGAAGACAUAUCCGCAGACUAGUAGCUUCCAGAGAACCUACGGGAACACGACCUACCAGAAUCCACCUGCGCCCACUCCCGAGAGUAAGAUGGAGACAAUGCUUGAGCAGAUUUUGGAGGGGCAGACUAAGCUUACUGUGGAGUUUAAUGGGAAGUUUGAUGCCAUCUACUCUGAUUUGAAUGGCAAGAUUGACACUUUGAACACUCACAUGAAGAAGCUCGAUGUUCAAGUUGCUCAAACUGCCGCCGCUGUUAAGCGACAAGAUGGUGUUCUUCCUGGUAUGCCUGAUGCUAAUCCCAAGAGAACAUGUAAUGCGAUCCUAGUUCGUGAUGGAGAUGAUGUUUGGGAAGAGUUGGAUACUGAAGACGAACUUGAGCUCGCAGCUGCAGAGCCAGUGUCAAGCGCCACACGCUGGUGUCGCUUGACACCCGUCCGUUUCCCAUGGAAAACGACGUUCGACGAAGACUCGUCGAUCGACACCACUCCUCUUGCUUCGACACAAGCCCUCGCUCCCUAUGCUCUUGUCUUCCCACCUACGAAGCCUGUCUACACGCCUCCAGUUCCUUUUUCUAGGAAGCGUCGCUCUAAGCAGGAGAUUCAAGAUGCUCGCUGCAAGGCCAUCAUUGAGAAGAUCUUGACUUCUAUUCCUAAAGUCAAUCCGGAGACAUCUUCUCCAACACUUGAUCGCUAUGUCCAGCGUUUGGUGAACAAUGGUGUUUGUGCUGAGGAAGAUGCUUUGCUCACCAAGGAUAUCAGUUUGAUUAUGCUGCAGGAAGCUAAGAAAGAGCGUAAGAAGAAAGUGGUUGUGUCUGAACACGUUAGCUCGACUAUCCAGAGUCUGCUGGACUACGAUGUUGAACCCAAGGAUCCUCUUAUCUUGGGUAGAGCUUUCUUGGCCACAGCUGGUGCGAAGAUUGAUAUGAAGAAGGGACAGAUUUCGUUGGAUGUUUGUGAUGUGAAGAUGGAUUUCGACAUGAAAGGACCACGUACACCUCCGAUUCUCAGUGAUAAGUCCUUCUCUGUUGAGUCUACAAGGGAAUCUGCUCAGGAAUUGCAGUGUAAUACACCAUCAGAGCCCGACAAUGCUCAGCUCGCCAUUCAGCCCUCUGCAGACGGACCGGUGUCGACCGACACCGGUGUCGACCGACACCGUCUGUGUCGAUCGACACCCUCGACGACCAGAGACACCGCCUUCAGCUAAUGUUGCUCUUGGGACUGCACACACUGCCUCAAGA